UUUCAGUGUGUACGGAAGUAAACAAUGACCAAGAACAAUUUACACAUGAGCGUUUUUUCAUUGUUAUUUGGACAUUUAUAAAUACCAUGGAACUCAAAAUAUGGCUCAUUUAACUGCGCAGCAUCACAUUCCCCAUCUAUUAUUUAAUUCGCGUUAGAGACAGGACUUGGUUGUUAGACGUUAUCUUGGUAUCGCUAGCUGCUAACAAUGGCUAACUGUAUGGUUUUUCACACUCAAAUAGCCUCCAUCAUGGAGGUGCUAGCAAAUACAGCCGUGGCAGAGAUCUGUAAACUCGUAGAUGACGACUAUGCAGUGUUUCGUUUGGAAAUAACUCAAAGCCAGAAAGAAAACAGAGGAUUGCGGAGGAAACUACUGGAAAUGAAGGUGUCACGGGAGCGCGCAGAUAGAACAAUGCGAGAGCGCGUCCUCACCAGUCGUCCCAGUAGUGUCAAGAUCCUCGACCGAUACAGAGGAAUGGCAAGAGGACAUCUCACUGGAGGCCACAGGAACUUUGUGAAGCCAGCAGGGCACAAUACAUGGAGAGAUGACCAACCAAUCACUGUUGAUGAGGGGUGUGGAACCUCAAACCAGCAUGUUAUCAUGAUAGAGUCUGCAGAUGGAGAGGCUGCAGGUACUGGAGGAUCGUGUCUGGUCAAGCAGGAGAGGACUGAAGGAGACGACCCACAACACAGCAGAGAAAUCCAGACUGUAGACACGGGGGACCAUUCCACCACCGCUAUGCCCCAGCCCAGGACCAGACGCAGCAUCACGGAAGUCAGUGGAAUGCCGAACGCCGUCCUCAAGUCCGAGACAGACAAAGAGACUUUAACUGUAACCAAAAGGCUUUUACACACAGGAUCUGACCACAGGUCAGACCCAGAGAGACUGAGGCUGGGGCCACUGGGCUGUCCUGCUGUUCCUGGCUCAGAGUACUUACCAUUAUUUCGUCAGAGCCAGAUGACGGAUCAUUCCUGUGGAGAUGGUGAUCGUGACGCGUUAGACACAAGCAGUGAUGAUCCGUCUUGUUCUUACUCUACAGAGCUGGACCCUGGCAACAUGCCCUUGGGUUUAGAGACACAGACUGAUAUGUCUAGAGGGGACUGGAACCGGUACAGUAGUAGUGUAUACUUUGAAGGGUGCCUAGAUAAGAAAGGGGAGGGUCUGGUCGUAGAUGAAGUGAAAGUGGAGGGCGACACUCCUCCCACACGGAAUGGAGAUCGUCACCUUGGAGACGGACACUCACAGGGCAGAGAUUUCUUAGAUUACAGGGAAAGCUUAGAGACAAAUCCAAAUGUCACAAACCACUGCACUUUACACGCAUUCAGGGAUGGCGACCCAGUGUCCACGUCGAUGGGACCUUCCGUCCCACACGGCUCAAAUGACAGGGCUAGAGCCCAGGCUCAGGGAGGGGAAGCCACAUCAGGCAAUAGUAAAGAUAAACGGUUCCUCUGCAUGUUCUGUAAUAAAGGCUUCAGCUGCCUCCAGAAGGUGGAGAUCCACCAGAGAGUCCACACAGGGGAGAAACCCUUCAGCUGUACCCAGUGUCAGAUGCGUUUUGCCCAGACUGGUGACCUAAAAAGGCACCAGAGGGUCCACACGGGGGAGAAACCAUUCGGCUGCCACCUGUGCCGGGCUAGUUUCUCCCACUCCUCCAGCCUGAAAAGGCACCAGAGGGUCCACACAGGGGAGAAACACUACAGUUGCCCCCAGUGUGAGAAGAGGUUCUCCCACCAGCACCAUUUGAAGAUGCACCUGAAGGUCCACACGGGAGCGAGGUCGUUUGCCUGUACGCACUGCGGGAAAAAUUUCUCAGAGAGGAGCUACCUCAGAAUACACCAGCAGAAAAAACAUUCCAUUCUAUAACAGAAAGUAACCAUUCUGCUCAAAGUUUAGAUCAAACCUUGCAUUAAAGACAAAGAUUAAUUUAUUGUUGUCAGCAGAAAAAAAACAGAGGUGCAUUUGGUAUAACAAGAGUUACAGAUUUCAGUGUUGAAAAUUCCUGAGUAGAAUAUUGCAUUGAGAUAGUGUGAUAUAUAAUAUAUACAGUGCCUUCGGGAAGUAUUGAGACGCCUUGACUUUUUCCACAUUUUUUUACAUUACGGCUUUAUUCUAAAAUGGAUUAAAUUAAACAAAUCCUCAGCAAUCU